GGCGAAGAUGUCCUGGAAUAAAGAUGACUUGGAUUCUAUGUCGGAGCCGGAGAAGAGUCAACUGAAAAGGACCUUGGAGUUGGGCGCCGUGAUGACAGUAUUCAGCCUCAAGAAGUCACAACCCGAGAGAAGAACACUGCAGGUGAUCAUGGAGACUCAGCAACUGUCCUGGAACAGGACAGCAGACAAGAUCGAGGGAGUCCUUGAUUUGCAAGAGAUUAAGGAAAUCCGCCUUGGGAAGAACUCGAAGGACUUUGAACAGAUUUCAAAAGAGCAGAAGGACAAAUACAGCGAUGAUGUCUGUUUCACAGUAUUCUACGGUACUGACUUUGUGCUCAACAGUCUCAGUUUGGCAGCUAAUUCAAAAGAAGAAGCUUCCAAAUGGUUAAAGGGACUGGAAAUUCUGUACAAAGAGAGUCAAACUGCACCAACCCCAUUACGAAUAGAAAGUUGGCUGAGGAAACAGUUUUAUUCAGUGGACUGGACAAGAAGAAAUAGCAUCUCCCUCAAGGAGCUGAAGAUCAUGCUACCUCAAGUAAACUGCAGAGUGCCGAAUGUGAAGUUCCUUAAGGACAAGAUGGGGGACAUGGGAAACUCCAAGGAUGACUUGAGCUUUGAGCAGUUUCACCAAUUCUACAAGAACCUAAUGUUUGAAAGCCAGAAAGUAAUUCUCGAAAGCCUUAAAAUCGAGGGGUCUGUAUGCAUCCUUGGAAAAACAGAUCGGGCCACUGCCUCAGUUUUGUACCUGCAUGAUUUCCAACGGUUUCUACUCCAUGAACAGAAGGAAUCAUGGGCCAGUGAUGUUAAAAAGGUUCGGGAGCUGAUGACUAGGUCGAUAUAUGAUACUUACAGAGAAACAAAUGAACCCUACUUCUAUAUUGAUGAGUUUUUGACCUACUUGUUUUCAAGAGAAAAUACCAUCUGGGAUACCAAGUAUGAUUCUAUCUGUCCCCAGGACAUGAACAACCCAUUGUCACAUUAUUGGAUCUCAUCAUCACAUAACACAUACCUCACAGGAGACCAGGUCCGUAGCGAUUCAUCAACAGAAGCCUAUGCCAGAUGUCUAAGAAUGGGGUGUCGAUGUAUUGAGUUGGAUUGCUGGGAUGGACCAGAUGGGAAGCCAAUUAUUUAUCACGGUUGGACACUUACAUCCAAAAUCAAGUUCGAUGAUGUUGUUGAUGCUAUCAAAGCCCAUGCAUUUGUUACAUCAGAGUACCCAGUUAUACUUUCAAUUGAAGAACACUGUACAGUUGAGCAGCAGCGACAUAUGGCCACCAAGUUCAAGGAAACAUUUGGCUCUGCGCUUAUCACCAAACCUAUUGAAGCAAAUGCUGAACAAUUGCCGUCUCCAGCACAGCUUACCAAUAAAAUUAUUAUUAAGCACAAAAAAUUGGAAUCUCAGCAAGAGAAUUGUACGUCUACUGUUUACACAUCCUUCAAGGAAUUUGAAAAGAAAUCUGGGUUUCUUUAUCUCCUGGAUCCAAUUGAUCUGGCCUGGUACAAGCACUAUUGUGUGAUAGUAGAUGGAAAGCUUUAUUUUGCAGAUUCAACAGAUGAAGAUGAUGAAUUUUCUAGAACAAGAAACCAGGCAUUAAAUAGCAUGGAUCGUCAUUUUAAUGAGAAAUGGUUUCAUGGGAAAAUGGGGAAAGACGGCAGACAGAGGGCGGAGAAGCUGCUCCAGGAGUUUUGUAUGGAAACAGGAGGAAGAGAUGGAACUUUCUUGGUCCGUGAGAGUGACACAUUCCCUGGAGAUUUCACGUUGUCAUUUUGGAGAAAUGGAAGAGUCCAGCACUGUCGCAUUCGUUCUUGCACAGACGGAGAGAGCAAUAAGUAUUUCUUGACUGAUAAUUUAACUUUCAACAACGUAUAUGAUCUCGUUCAACACUAUCAGAAUGCACCUUUACGAUGCAGUGAAUUUGAAUUACGUUUAACUGAAGCAGUACCGAGCCCAAAUCCUCAUGAAUCGCAAGAAUGGUACUAUAAAAAUCUAAGUCGAGGAGAAGCGGAGGACAUGCUAAUGAGGAUACCUAGAGAUGGAGCCUUUUUGGUUCGAAAGCGAGAUGAACCCAAUUCAUAUGCAAUUACCUUUAGAGCUGAAAGUAAGGUUAAACAUUGCCGCAUUAACUAUGAAGAAGGAAAGUACAUACUGGGGACCUCAGCAGAGUUUGACAGCCUGGUGGAGCUUAUCAAUUAUCAUAAGAAACACCCAUUAUAUCGGAAAAUGAAACUGCGCUACCCAGUCACGGAAAAGAUGCUGGAGCGUUACAAUGUGGAAAAAGACUAUGGCAGUCUCUAUGGCAUAAAUUAUGUGGACCCAAAUGAACUGGCACCUAUUCAGGGUUCAGUGAAAGCUUUAUAUCAAUACCAGAGUCAACAACAAGAUGAAUUGUCUUUUCCUCGAGGUGCCAUCAUCCACAAUGUCAAAAAACAUGAUCAAGGAUGGUGGAAAGGAGAUUACGGAGACCAAAUACAAAAGUAUUUUCCAGCCAAUUAUGUGGAAGAAAUACCUGCUGAAAGCCAGGAAGAAUUUAGCAACCAGAUAACAGAAGAUAACCCCCUAGGAGUAAUAUGCAGAGGAAUUGUGGAACUAGCCAAGUGUUCAGUCGUCAAACAGACAAAUGGGAAGCUGGGAAUGGCAUUCAUGUUUACUAUUCAACCAAAAGUGCCCCCGGAUGCGCCACCUCUUGAUGUUGCUACAAAUUCAUUGGAAGAAAUGUUUUCAUGGUACCAUGAAGUGGUCCAGUGCUCUCAGAAAAAGCUUGUACAGGAGAAGAAUCAAAAUGAAAUGGAGAAGAAACAACAGAUUGCCAAAGAGUUAUCUGACUUAGUUGUUUAUUGCAGACCAGCCAAGUCUCGAGAAUUUUUUCCAAAUGCAAAAGACAACAUUGAUUACAAAGAAAUCAGAUCAUUUGCAGAGAACAAGGUGGAUACCAUCCUCAAACAAAAGUCAAAAGAGUUUCGAGAAUAUAACCGCAAGCAACUCUCCAGAAUUUACCCCAAAGGUCAACGCAUUGAUUCUUCAAACUAUGACCCAAUUGUCCUCUGGCAACAUGGAUCCCAAAUGGCAGCCCUAAAUUUUCAAACACCAGAUAAACCAAUGCAACUGAAUCAAGCUUUGUUUUGUAUGAAUGGAAGAACUGGUUAUGUGCUGCAGCCUGAAUCUCUGAGGAGUGACAACUCAAUGCAGCACCGACCAUAUUCUGUGAAAAUUAAACUUCUUGGUGCCCGUCAUCUACCCAAACCUGGCAGGAGUAUAGUUUGUCCUUUUGUAGAAGUAGAAUUGUGUGGAGCUGAGAAUGAGAAUAAGAAGUUCAAAACAGUAGUGAUAAAUGAUAAUGGUCUUAAUCCAGUUUGGUGUGGAGCAGAAGACGCUAGUGAGGAAUUUGUCAUUCAAGAUCCCUCUUUAGCUUUUCUCAGAUUGGUCGUGUAUGAAGAGGAUAUGUUCAGUGAUCCUAACUUCUUAGCUCAUGCCACUUUUCCUGUCAAAGGAAUUAAAACUGGGUAUCGAUCAGUUCCCCUUAAAAAUGGUUACAAUGAAGACAUAGAAUUGGCAGCUCUGCUUAUCCAGUGUGAAGUGAACCAAUUAGGGGAAGGUGAAGAGGAACUCUACUCCUCCCGUCAGCAACUUCAGCAGCGGCCAUUUGAAAGUUUAUAUGACAGUGCCCUAAAAAGACAACGGACUUUAGAUGGGUUAUACAGCACCAGUGCACCUCGUCAGCGACAAUUUGACCCAAUACUAUAUGAUUCUAACACAAUACAAACUGGAAGGGGUGGAGGUCAGAGAGAUCAGCUGCCAGAAGUUCCAAAGAGGAGAGGCAAAGACAAGGAAAAGAGACCUCCCAACAGCAGCAAGUUUUAUACAUGAAAGAAGAAUGCUUUUAUCACCCAUCCAUGAUGCCAACAUCAAUGUCAAUAAAACCAAUUAAAAUCAGUGAUCACUGUAAAGUAUGGGAACAGCAAAUUUUGAAAUUAAUGCAUUCAGUAAAAUUAUUGCAAUGUACCCGUUAUUAUUUUUGUCAGGUAAUUAAGAUCAUGAUGUAAAGUGAAAAAUAUUGAGUAUCUUCCAGCUUUCGUAAACCUCUUUUUUUCUCUCUUGAUUAAAUAGUCCAUUGACACAAGUGCCUUUCUAAGAAAUCUAUUCUCCAAACAGUCAAUCAAUUAUAAUAUAUCACACGCCAUGUUAAAGAAAACCUUUUGGGAUUCAGUGUAACUGUAAAAUCAAAUAGAAUGCAAUUCUAUCCCCUUGUGACAUGGUCUCUGUUCCUUCAGAUCAAUGUCGAUCUUUUGCAAAGCUGAGUUCAUUUAUCAAAUUUCAACUUCGGUAACAAUAAAUAAGAAGCUAGGACAUAUGACAUCAAAGUUAUUCCUAAAACCAGUGAGAUUUAACUAAUAAAGAAAAAUGAACCAUAUUGUUUCAUUGAAAUCUGCCAAGAAUGUAGACUAAAUUGACCACAGAGUGCAUCUUGCAGCCAGUUCACAAAGAAAAAGAGCUUGUUUUACUUUUGCCAGUUUGAAAGCGGUCAAUGUCAAGAUGGAGGACUUGCAGCAUAUGAGUUUAGAUGCUGAUUGAAAAUGAAAAUUCAUAGAAGGUAUGAUACAUAGGAAUAACAAUCCUGUAACUGCUAAAACCAUGCUUUUAUUAUCUAAUGUUAUCUAACCGUUAACAUUUAUUCAACUUCAAAACAUUAAAGAGAUAGUUAUUCCUUUAACUACUGCUAAAAUAUCCUGUCAAUUUAAUAUGGAUAGUGACAUGAAUGCAGCUUGUGGUGUAUUUUCUGAUAAAUAUUAUAAUAAUUUUCUAUAAAAAGCUUAUUAUUAUUAACUGAAAGCCCAUUUGGAGUUCAUCCUGCCAUCUUGGAAUUGAAUAUAUCAGAAAAAAAGAAAGAAAAUAGCAAGUAAAUUGCAAUGCUGGUUUUACAUAACUUUUUCUUGUCCUCGGCACUGGUUUGUCUCCUUCUACAAGCCUUUGUGACAGGUCUAAAUACAAAAGGCUGAUUUGUGACACUUCCUUUGUGCAAACCGUUGGAUUUAUGUACUCUGUGACUAGUAUUUGUGUUAGGCCAGUAAGGGAAAUUACUCGUCACAUUUUUGAGAAAACUAGAUCUUCAAUGGGAUCUUCGGCCAUAAAAAGGAAAAUUAUUUUCAGGAUAAAAAUAAGAACAAAUCACUGUCGGGAAUGAAUUGCUACAGCCUCUGUUUGCGGUGUCAUCAGAAAUAAGUCAAUUUUACAGUCAUUAAAAUCAACUUACACAUGGAAGUUUUUUUUCCACAAUAUAUAUUUGUGGCAUUACUUUGAGUAUAACUAAAAUGCUUUUACUUUAUUUGAUCUCU